AUGAGCGGCAGCGGCGUGGAAUGGGAGGUGCUGGUGCCGUCUGUGGUGGGGGUGACACCUACUAGCGCUCUCCUCGCCGCCACCGCCGCUGCAGGCGCGCUGGGACUCGGCUUCGCGCUUUUCAUCGCUGUGGGGGUGCUGUUCCAACCACGGUGGAUUAUCACCUGGGUGCGGCAGAACCAGCCACAUGUACUCUUCGAACACGUCACCAAAGAUCGUCUGGUUGCUCUGACAAUCGAUGAUGGGCCGAACGGAGACACGACCCACGAGCUCCUGGAUAUUCUCAAGGAGCACGGGUGCACGGCCACGUUUUUCGUGAUUGGAUCAAACAUUGACAGAUAUCCCGGCAUAGUGGAUCGCAUGCACGCUGAAGGUCACGAGGUGGGCAACCACAUGACAGCGGACGAACCCAGCUGGCGUCUGUCUGCCCACGAGUUUGAGUCGUCACUUCUGGCGGUGGAUGCCAAGCUGCACCGCUACUUCCGCAGGGAUCCCGGAGGCAACCCUGUCAAGUGGUUCAGACCGGGCCACGGGUGGUACACCAAGCGAAUGCGGCAGCAGGCGCAGAGGCAUGGAUACAACGUGGCUCUGGGCUCCGUGUUUCCCAUGGACCCGCUCUUCAAGGACAGCAGUCGCCCUCUCGCUGCCUACUGUCUCUCGAAGGUGUACCCAGGUGCUAUUAUCAUCCUGCAUGACCGUCCUCAGCAGGGCACACAAACCGUUGAGAUUCUGCGGAUGAUGCUGCCAGAGCUGCGACGGCAGGGGUAUCAGGUGGUCUCGCUCUCGCACCUCCCCCCUCUUCUUCAGAUCCCCCACCUGCCAAUCAUGCAUCUCUCUCUUCUCCCCUCUCUGGCGCUCCGUCUGUAG